GUAGAUUGCCGGAAUUAACCUGCUGUGUAGCGAUAUGCAGGUGAAGCAGGGUGAAGUGUUCUUAUGCAACACGACAUCGACGUUAAAGGACGACUGGCAUUAGCUACACAGUUGGGUGUUUCUCAAACCGGGUUCCUAGCAGCAAGUGUCAAAAUGUUGGCGAGAGGAAAUGCUGGACGUCGCCGUUUGAACAACGACAAAGGUAAGGGUUCUAUGAGAAGCCCAAGGCCAAGCCCACGACCAAGCCCACGUCCAAGCCCAAGGCCAAGCCCACGACCAAGCCCACGACCAAGCCCAAGGCCAAGCCCAAACAUGCGAGCAAGCUCUAGUUUGACUGCAAGCAUAAACCAAAGCAUAUACACAAGGUUUCCAGAAGCUGCUUCUAGAGAAGGUAAGAGGUUAGAUUAUUCCGGAAACGUUACAUUGACUUUGAGUCGGGAAUCAAGCCAGUUUCACCAAAAUGCAUAUCAGUCAAAAACCAAGCCAACCGGCUGCAUUAACCAUGCUGUAAGCUGGACGGAAGGUGAUGGGGUUACAACAGGGAAUUCGCCAAUCGUUGAAGAAAUCCAGGAAGCAUCAGAAUUCAUAUCAGACUUCGAUUUGACAAUGUGUCGCCUCGAGCAGCUCGAAAAGAAGAGUCUUCAACAAAGGCUUUCAAGCAGGUUCUCUUACCAAGCGACGGAAGACGAAGACGAAGAAAAGCUGCCUGAAAUCGAAAAACUUUUUACAGCCUCAAAGCUAAGUAAGAAACAGAAACAGGCCCUGCUGCUUCUCAUUAUUUGCUUUGACGCAGAUUUUCCUGCAGCAGUAUUUGAAAAGAUAAGCAAGUCACCGACAAUGAAGUACAUAUGUGAAGAGAUCUUUAACAGCAAAUGCUUCAGCAUUCUUAAGGCAAUAGCUUAAAGUGCCACUUAGCUCAGUAGGCUGCCAUACUACUUAUCGAUCUACUUUACGAUGAACAAUCGAUAAACUGCCAUGGAUGAACGGCAAUCGUGAACUGCAAACUAUUAGUUGCAAUCUAUGACUUGUAGAAUAGCACCGCUAAAAGUAGACAUAAACUCUUCUAUUCUUUCAAUGGAGUCAGUAUACCAAGUUUGUCUUUGACUGCAGUUUUGGUUGCACUCAGUUUACUAGCUCGAAGAAUCAAAACUUCUUUGCAUAAUGUAUGUGAACAGGCUGUAGAUAGUACAUGCGAUAUAUUAUUAACAGCAAAAUU